AUGGAGCCCCACGGUAGCACUGCCACCAAUCUCUUCACUCCUUUCGUCGAGCGUCUUGGAUUACCAGCAUCCUUCGACAGCCGAGAGAAAUGCCUCGACUACUGCGCCGAGGAGGCCAAGAAGAAGAAGAAGAAGCGAGAGCAGCGCGGCGACGACAAAGCCACUAGUCCUGAUGGUCAACGCUCGAGCUCGCAACCCUCCCGAUUCAUACUCGGAAGCGACGAAUCUGGAAUCGGCGUUUCGAAUCUGGUCGAUUUCUUCCAGCUCGUCGACUACCUGGACAUCGCCCGGCUCAAGACCAUUUUCCGAAAGGAGCAUGCCGAUGUCGAAGAGAAGCAAGGAAAGGGGAUGCUCAUUGAGGGCCGUGCUUGUCGCAAUGAGAAAGUCAAAGCGAACCGUGCUUUCGUUGUCUUCAGUGUCGCAGAUCUAAACGUCGACGUUAAACAGGCUCGAUAUGAGAUCGUUCAGUUUGUUGCCAUUGCCAAUCGUCAGAGCCAUGAUCCUGCACGCCAUGCAGGAGAACGAGAAUCGGAAAUGCGGACGGCAAACGUGCGUGGUCCCCGACAGACCAAGCCCGACAUGAAGGAUCACCUAGAGGAGCAGCAGUUCGCUGCCUUGUUCUGGGACUACAACAACGAGGCCUACAACGUCAAAGCCUACAACGUCAAAGCCUACAACGCCGAUGCCUACAACGCUUAA